GAGAUAUUUCCGGUGUUGGGAAAAGAAUGGGAAGGCUUGGUGAAGAAGUUGAAACAUUUGUCAGAUUUGAUGACAAGAAUUUAUGGAUCUCCAUGGCAACAAUUAUCUUUAAUCCUUUGUUUUGGAAUGUGGUAGCUAGAUUGGAAUACAGACACCACAUUGUAUCCUCGUUAUUUGGGGGCCCCAGAAAGGGUUGUGUAUUUCUGGCCCUGACUAUUGUAGGACUGGGGUUCUUCAGAGACUGGUGGUUUAAGGUGGCCUGUGACAGUCAGCCAGAGUGGCCCUUCCUGUAUGAUAACAACUUCCUGUUCCUGGGCUAUAGCUGUAUUCUGAUUGGUUCCAUGCUGGUCUUUUCGAGCUACUGGGCUCUAGGUUUCUAUGGAACCUUUCUAGGUGAUUAUUUUGGAAUAUUAAUGGAUUCUAAAGUGACAGAUUUCCCCUUUAACGUAAUAGACAACCCCAUGUACUGGGGCUCAACUCUUAUAUUUGGUGGAACGGCUAUAGUGAAAGCUAGUCAGGCUGGUCUGUUAUUGGCUUGUCUAGUCGGUGUGAUCUACAAAAUAGCACUACUCUUUGAAGGUCCAUUUACAAGGGAUAUCUACAGACAGAGUAAUAAAACAGUGUAAAGACUUAGAUCACAAGUAAAGGGUAGCAGAGAUGAAGAGCCUGAGUAAAUGUACCUCCAAGCACAGAAGAGUAGCUGACAAAGGAAGCAUUUGAAAAGUUCAGUGUGACUGUGAAUGUGUGGAAUGUCUCUCUUGUACAUAUGUUAAUGUUUAAAUGAUUCAUUUAGUUCAUGGUUGCCAAAUUUAUUAAAAUAUGUUUUACUUUG